AGUAGCUGAACGCAGCUUGGACACUUAGGAUGACACUUGGAACAAUGUUGGUGAUCUUGGUCUUACUCCUGGUGAGUGGCUAUUAUUAUCUGCGCCAGCACUAUGCCUAUUGGACACGUCGUGGCGUGCCGGAGCUGCGACCCAGCCUGCUGCUGGGCAAUUUGGGUGGCCUGCUGAGCAUGCGAAGUAGUCCAGCCGAUUUUAUAGGAGAGCUCUACAAUCAUCCGGAUGCACAGGACAAGCCCUUUGUGGGCAUACAUGUGUUCCACAAGCCGGCGCUGCUGUUGCGCGAUCCGACAUUGAUUAAACGCAUUAUGGUCAAGGAUUUUCCGAAGUUCGCCAAUCGCUACUCCAACUCAGACUACAAGGGCGAUCCGCUCGGCUCGCAAAAUUUAUUUUUCCUCAAGAACCCAGCCUGGAAGGAGGUGCGUCUGAAGCUGUCGCCGUUCUUCACCAGCAAUCGUCUCAAGCACAUGUUUCCGCUAAUCGAUGAGGUGGGCUGCAAUCUGGAUGCGUAUUUGCGCCAGCAGCCGCUCCACAAUGAGCGCAUGCGCUGCUUCGACCUGGAGGCCAAGGAGCUGUGUGCACUCUUCACCACAGACGUGAUUGCCACGGUGGCCUACGGCGUGCAGGCGAAUAGCUUCAAUCAUCCGAAUAGUGAAUUCCGUCGUCAUGGACGUGCCGUCUUCAAGUUUAGUCUGAAGCGUGCGGCGGAGUUUACCUUGGUGUUCUUUCUGCCGCAAUUGGUACCGUAUUUCGGCUUCAAGGUGGUGCCCGCCGAGUCAACCGAGUUUCUGCGCAAGACCAUUAACUAUGUGAUGGCGGAGCGUGAAAAGUCCAAGCAGCCGCGGAACGAUCUGAUCGAUCUACUCAUUGACUUCAAGCGGAGCACACAGCAGGCCCAGGCGGAGGGCAAUCAGUUUGUCUUUGAGGGUGACAUCUUGGUGGCCCAGGCUGUGAUCUUUUUUACCGCCGGUUUCGAGUCCUCUUCAUCCACCAUGGCCUUUGCCAUGUACGAGCUGGCCAGGCAUCCGGAGGUGCAGCAGCGUCUGCGCAACGAAAUCAAGAAUGCUUUGACUGCCAGCGGCGGACGUGUGACCCAGCAGUUGAUCGAAUCCUUGGAGUAUAUGCAAAUGAUAAUCCAGGAGGUGCUGCGCAUGUAUCCACCUUUGCCUUUCCUGGAUCGCGAGUGCACCAGUGAGGAUGGCUACGACUUGGCGCCCUUUCACAAGUUCUGUGUGCCCAAAGGCAUGCCCAUCUAUAUUCCGGCUUAUGCACUGCAUAUGGAUCCGCAGUACUAUCCGCAACCUAAGCAAUUCCAGCCGGAGCGCUUCUCGUCCAGCAACCGCAAGCUGCACACCCCAUACACCUAUAUGCCCUUCGGCUUGGGCCCGCAUGGCUGCAUUGGCGAGCGUUAUAGCUUCCUCCAAGCCAAGGUGGGCUUGGUCUAUGUGCUGCGCAAUCAUCUGGUAACCACCUCGGAGCGCACACUGCGACGCAUGAAACUGGAUCCCAAGGCGAUUAUAUUACAGGCCGAUGGCGGCAUUAAUCUGAGGCUCGUCCGUGAUCCCCUGGGCGUUUGAGGAGCACUUACUUAGGAGUGGAAGUUUGUCGGGAGUUCAGAUAGCGGAUAGCGGCAAUUCACCUGUCAGCGACUGACUUCAAACUAAGUUGAAAUUUCGCGUGUGUUGUCAUUAUAAAUUGUUCAAGAAAAAA